AAUACUCAUCAGCAAACCUCCUCGCAAACAACACAAUGGCGACACCGAAAAUAAUUCUCCCCGAAAAGGGCAAACAAAACGUCUUGAUUACAUCUGCGUUGCCUUACGUGAACAACGUACCUCAUCUCGGAAAUAUCAUUGGCAGCGUGCUCAGCGCCGAUGUCUUCUCGAGAUACAGCAAAUUACGCCAGAGACCGACUCUCUUCAUCUGCGGAACAGAUGAGUAUGGCACAGCUACCGAAACGAAAGCCCUCGAAGAUAAGACGACCCCACAAGAGUUGUGUGACAAAUAUCACAAGCUCCACAAAGAAAUCUACGACUGGUUCGAGAUUGGCUUCGAUUAUUUUGGCCGCACGACAACGGAAGAACAGACCAAGAUUGCCCAGGAUAUCUUCUUGAAGCUUCAUAAGAAUGGGUACUUGGAGGAAAGAACAACUACCCAGCCAUACUGCGAAGAAGAGUCACAUCAAUCGUUCCUAGCGGAUCGUUUCGUGGAGGGCACAUGUCCGAAGUGUCAAUACGAUGAUGCUCGAGGAGAUCAAUGUGAUAAGUGUGGCAGUCUGCUAGAUCCUCUAGAGCUCAUCAAUCCUCACUGCAAGCUACACAAGGAUGCAAAGCCUGUUCCGCGAGAAACAACCCACAUCUUUCUGCGUCUAGAUAAGGCCCAGCCGGCGAUCGAGGAGUGGUUUUCGAAGUCAAGUGAGGAAGGUGGCUGGCCUCAAAAUGGAAUCAGCAUUACAAGAUCAUGGUUAAAACAGGGUCUGGAAGGUCGCAGUAUCACCAGAGAUCUGAAAUGGGGAACACCAAUUCCUCUGCCGGGCUAUGAGAAGAAGGUUCUCUAUGUUUGGUUCGAUGCUUGCAUCGGGUAUCCCUCGAUCACGGCGAAUUAUACCAAGGAUUGGGAACAAUGGUGGCGCAAUCCAGAAGACGUCAAGCUGUAUCAGUUCAUGGGCAAGGACAAUGUGCCUUUCCACACCAUUAUUUUCCCAGGUUCGCAGAUGGGCACUGGGGACAAAUGGACCAUGCUCAACCAUCUAUCCACUACAGAGUACUUGAACUACGAAGACGGCAAAUUUUCCAAGUCAAGAGGAGUUGGCGUUUUCGGAGACGGUGCUAAAGAAACUGGAAUUCCACCUUCUGUAUGGAGAUACUACCUUCUCUCUAACAGACCAGAGACCGGCGACACCCAAUUCGAAUGGGGCAACUUCAUUGUAGCCAACAAUAGUGAACUCUUGGCCAAUCUCGGAAAUUUUGUCAACCGUGUCGUCAAAUUCGCGAAUGCCAAAUUAAACAGUACUGUUCCAGAGUUCUCAGCAUCCUACGAGGAUGAUACAUUUGAUUUCCCCGCCUGGAUAAAGCAAGUCAACACACAUCUUGCUGAGUACUUGGCAGGCAUGGAUGCAGUGAAGAUCCGAGACAGUCUGAGGAAGAUCAUGGAGAUUUCAAGCUGUGGCAAUGAUCUUCUACAAUACCGUAUGGAUAAUGCUAACCUUGAGAACAAUCCGGCACGAACACAUGCCACAGUUGGAUUCGCAUUGAACCUUGCAUAUCUCCUUGCUUCCAUCUGCUCACCAUACAUGCCAUCGACCGCAGACUUAAUCGUCAAGCAGUUGAACAUCCCUCUCGGGCCCAUUCCAGAUGAAUGGUCUCCAGAUACUCUUAAGAGUGGACACAAGAUUGGCAAAGCUGCUUAUCUGUUCACGAAAAUUCCCCCGGAGAAAGAGCAGGAGUGGAAAGAGCGGUUUGGAGGUACUCAAGCUGCUAGACUAGAAGAGGAGGCUGCUAAGGCGAAGAAGGCAGCAGACAAAGCUAGAGACAAGGAGCGUAAGAGAUUGAAGAAAGAAGCUGCUAAAGCCGCCGCUGCAGAAGUAGAAAAGACAGACAAAGAAACUGAUGCUGCACCAAAAUCCGAGGGCGCCACUACCGCAGAAUUAGAGGAAAAAAUCAAGGAUACAGAGACAGAAAUUCCCCUAAGAGGAAAAGUUGCAGAGGAGCAAGCUCCACCUCCUGCAGCUGCCCCUUGAGCUAAUUGGACCUGGAAAUGGAGCAUGGAUGGCGUUUUUGCGGCAAGGUGGUAGAUAGCGAAUUAUCGAAAAUCAAGAGCGGUUGCGGUUGGUUUGUUUAGUGUACGAAUGGGAAAAGCUCAACGUUUUGUAGCAUCGAUGGCAGGUGGUUUGUUAUACAGUGGAUUUCAACACACUCAGAGUAUGAAUUACAGUCUUUUAC